UGGCAGCCUGCCGCGAGGUCACGUGACACAUAUGUCAGGGGCCAGCAUGGCGGACAUUCAUGUGGAGCCUCGAAACAAACCGCACCGAUUGUCCAGCUAACCCCGCCGCGAGGAACACCGAUACCACGCGCGUAGCCGGGCCGCCGGUGCCCGAACUGACCGCAGAAUGGACGAGGACAACAAACCCCAGUUCCCGUCUCUGCCCGCAGCCAGGGAGGACCUUCUGGACUGGUCUUAUCCAAUGAGACGAGAAAUGCAGGAGAUAUUGCCAGGACUGUUUUUAGGUCCCUACUCUGCUGCAAUGAAAAGCAAGCUGCCAAUUCUUGAGAGACAGGGCAUAACGCAUAUUGUGUGUGUCCGGCAAAACAUUGAAGCCAAUUUUAUUAAACCUAAUUUCCCUCAUACAUUUAGAUACCUUGUGUUAGAUAUUGCUGACAAUCCAAUGGAAAACAUAAUCCGCUUUUUUCCUAUGACUAAAGAAUUUAUCGAUAGCUGCUUAGCAACAGAGGGAAAGGUACUGGUUCACGGUAAUGCAGGGAUAUCAAGAAGUGCUGCCUUAGUGAUUGCAUACCUUAUGGAAACAUUUGGGAUUAAAUACAGGGAUGCAUUCAGCCACGUCCAGGAGAGGAGGUUUUGUAUCAACCCCAAUGCAGGCUUCGUGCAUCAGCUGCAGGACUAUGAAGCAAUCUACCUGGCCAGAUUGACUAUUAAGAUGAUGUCACCGAUGCAGUUGGGCAGGCCGUUCUCGCUACAAGCUGGGAUGACAGCAGGAAGCCGUAAACGCAGCCUGGAGGAGGAUGAAGAUUUUGGAGCGAUGCAGGUCACGGCAGCACAGAAUCUAUGAGCUUUGCAGAUACUUAGCCGUGUGGCACAGUGCACUCAUUUUUACAUUUUUAAUGGGAUUAAAAAUGUAAAUAUUUGAACUUUUUCUAAGGGGAAGGGAUGGGGGUGGGAGGGAGAACCACUCGUGUCUGAGACAUGGAGUACUGAUGGGAGUCGGGCAAAUUUGAUAACUUUUUUUUUUUUUCCUUGAGCUGUAUGCACUGAUGGGAGAUUUUUUGCAGUUUUAUAGUAUUUAAAGCAUUAUGCAUUUGCAGCGGGACAGUAUUGCAAUAAUGCACUUUCAAUACUUGAAUUUGUGUAGACGAACAGAAGGGGGAAGUUGGCAAAAGGGAAAGAAGCCAGGAUGUCGCCGAGUGGAAGACACUACCAGAGGAAUAGCUACGACUUCAUUUUGGUAGUAAUAGGAUUAUUUACUAAUAUCAGAUGUAAUGUGGGGAUGUAAGGAAUGGAAAAAUAACUCACUGCUUAAUAAAAAAAAGAAAGUCCUGUA